GCAGUAGCAGUAGCACCAGCAGAAGCAGAAGCAGUACUGCCGUCGCUACCACCUCCUCGACUUCGUCGCGUCUCUCACUCUCUCUCUCUCUCUCUCUCCCUCUCUCUCUCCUUCUCUCCCUCUCUCUCUUUUUCUCCCUCCCCCUCUCUCCCUCUCUUUCUCUCUCUCUUUCCCUUUCCCUCACAUGUCGGUACACCCCCGUCCCUCUCGACUCAACUCGCCGCACCAACCCUCUCGCGCGCGCCUCGGCGCCUCGUCCUCCUCCGGUGCCGAUGCCGCAGUACCGACUGCUUUCCGCGGAAGGUGGAAACUCGUGUAACGUGGCUGUAUAUAGAUUUUCAAUUAGUCAAGGGGCGGCUGUGUAGGAAAUUAUGUGUCGCGUGUCGCCGCGAAUCGCCGCAAGUACUUGAAACACUCGUCGCUGCCGCUAACGCCGACAACAUCGUGCUCUUUGGAUUUUACCAUUUUUUGAUUCUUGUUGCGCGCGCGAGUGGCGAACCGCGUGCUUCUCUUGCGCGCGGAUAUCGCGUCGCGUCGCGUCGCAUCACGCGCGUAUUUCGCUUCGUUCUCUCGAUCGGUAGAAAUAUUGAUUUCGCACCGGUGACUCUCUAACGCGUUCAGAGCGUUUGGCAAAGAGAAGAGAGAGAAAGAGGGGAGAGAGAGAGAGAGAGAGAGAGAGAGAGAGAGAGAGAGAGAGAGAGAGAGAGAGAGAGAGAGAGAGCGAGCGCAUCAAGUUCGGUACGGUCGAGUGUUUACCAGGAUCACGUUGUGGAUUCGGUUCUUUCUCUCCCUCCAUUCGUCCUGCGUCCGAGGGGAGCGAUGACGACUCCUUGUUGUCAGUGACGACAGUUGCGGGAGUUAGGAGAUAAGUCGAGCUCUUCCGCUUCUGCCACGUCCGCGUUGCGCUGCGCUGUGUGCCGUGCCGAGCGCACCAUCGUCGCGGAGUAUCCCCGGUCUUGGAGCGAUCUUGGAGAACCAGGAUCACUCGCGGGAGCGAGGAUGUUGCGCGCGGCCCUCGCUGUUCUCCUGCCCCGGCUUCUCAUAUUGUCAUCGUUGCUGAUCCUUUCAGGUGUUGUCGUCGCCCUACGCAUGACGUCCCUGCAGAUACCGGAGCAUGUCGUAGUGAAUGAGACGGUGCGCAUGCAGUGCAACUUCAACUUGGACAAAGCGCCAUUGUACUCUGUGAAGUGGUACAAGGACGGUCACGAAUUUUAUCGCUAUACACCCAGAGACGCACCCAUGGUGCUAACGUUUCCGGUGCCAGGAGUAAACGUAAACAGGGACGAGUCUACCGAGAGUUCAGUUGUCUUGAACAACGUGAAUGUGACGAGUUCGGGGAGGUAUCGAUGCGAGGUGUCGGGCGAGGCACCCGCCUUUGAGACGGUCUCUGAUCAUGGAGACAUGACUGUAGUCGUUCUACCUAACGAAGGACCGCAGAUAACCGGUGGUCGUUCCAAGUAUCAGGUGGGCGAUGUCGUUCACAUGAACUGCACGUCGGCACCUUCUAAACCACCUGCGCUAUUGUCUUGGUUCAUCAACGACGAGCCGGCCGACACCAACUACCUGAUAGGGCCUACUGUCGUCAAUGAGGGGAAUGGCCUGGAGACCGCGAGACUUGGUCUGAAAUUCCGCGUCGCGAACAAGCACUUCAGGCAAGGCGACAUGAAGCUAAAGUGCUUGGCCACAAUAGCCACGGUCUAUCUACAGAGCAACGAGGAAAGCGUGGAGGGCGACGAGAGCGUUCUGAAAACACCUAUAAUGGAGAGCCGCGAAACCCGGGCGCAGAGCCACACUCGCGAGGACCUGAACGGAUCCGCUAGUGUUGUAAUCCAGUGGACAAUUCUCGUCAUCAUCCUGAUCACAUCGAUCGCAGUCGUGCGAUAAUAACAACGAGCGUUUUUAUUUACUUUCUUCCUCUUUUCUUUUUUUCCACGUCGCUUCCUAAUCAUGUAAAUGUUAGGAGAUCGGUUUCACUCUAUUUACAAACUUCUAAUCCGCGUACCGUAAAUAAAACGUGAGACCGAUAUACAUAUAAUGAUUGUACGUCCAUUUUACGCGUACGAUGAAAUCUACAAUAACGUGCGCUCUAGGCUCUAAAUGUAUUUUCAUGCCAGCGCGGGGCAGACGAUUGGGCAAUGGAUCGUACGAACGCGUACGAUCCGACGUCUCGCGCGACUUCGUUUAGAUCGCCCAAGGUUUCUUUAGUGAGAAACGUUGCGAAAGACGACUUUCGAAGUCAUCUUGUGUAUCGCUUUCGAGAUACAAUUUGAUGUUACUCUUACUACGAUUUUUAUAAAGGAAUGUUUUUAUUUUGAUAACAUAUCAUUUUUAUUUAUUCGAUUAUGUGGCCUCGCGCGAUGACUUUUCCAAAAUCGAACAAUCCUUCGCAAAUACGCUUUCAUUUCGGAAUUACUAUCGGCCCUCUUCUUCAUCCCGCGUUUCGGCGAUUUCUCCGUACGAAGCAGACUUAACUAUAGUCAUGAAGCAAAAUUGCGAGUGAUUCUUUUACGCUUCUACGCUGUGAAUAAAUGAUAGGGCAAGUUAAAACUGACAAAAUGGCGUUAACAUUCCUUGUUGUUUUUAUCUGUAAAUUUAACCAAACAAGUUUAGCCGAAAAUUUAUUUAUAAUACUAAUUAAUGUUUACCUUGGUAAAAUUUUUUCUUAGAAUUCGCUAAAUAAUUUUACAGAACUUUUAUAUAAAUUUAUAUAAUUUUUUCUGUAUAACUUUUUAAAAUUUUCUUAAUAUUUUAAUAUUAAAAUAAAAUAAAAUAUUUUGCUGAAAUAUUUAAAAUAAUCACAUUUUUCAAAGAUUAAAUUAUAUGUAAGUAACAAUAUAUUUCGUUGUUUAUACAAUGCUAAAACAGUAAUUAAAUAGCAUAGAAUUAAUUAGCUUUAUUUUGACCAAUGUUUUUCUACAUGCUGAGACAAAUCUGCAUAUUUUCUAGAAUUCUUUAUGUAAACAUUAUAUAUAUAAAUUUCUAAGAUUUCUUAUCUUAUGGAAGAAGAAAACUGAUAAAAUUUGAAGAAGUUUAAAGUACUUUUUCUUAGAAAACAUAAAUUUAAAACAUGAAUUUUUAAAAGUAUUGUAAGUAUAAUUAUAAAGUUAAAACAUUUUUUACCAAGGUUAUUCUUAUUUUAAUCAGAUAUCUAAUCUUACAAAAAUUAAUUUAUUUCAACUUUCCUUGAUUCAAUACAGCGUCUAAUGCUUCUAAAUUUAAAUGACGCUUUUAAAUUCGCUUUGCUUUUAUUUUUAUUAUUCUUCCAACUGUUUUGUUAAAACAACCAUAUCACUUUGUAAAUGUAUUUUCCACUGAAAUAUUAUAAUACUGGAAUGCACAUAGUCAUGCAACACUUUGUUAAGAAUUGAUCCAAAAAAGAGGUAUUUUUGUUUAAGCUAUACUGUGUAUGCGUGAUAGACAAUAGUAAGAAUCGUACAAUCUCGUUAAAAAUAUAUGCAUGCCGAAUCUAUAUAUUUGAAAACCUGAAUAAACAAUGAAUAUUUUGCUGGAUUGUACUAAAAAAAUAUAUAUAUAUAGGACACUUAGAACUCGCUUUGUCAGGUUAUCUUAGCGUCCAUGCGCGUUCCAAUAUUAUCUCAUAUUGUUUCAGUGGUAUUUCCCUAUCUUUAAUUUCUAAUAGAUUUCGAUCGGUAAAGAUAGCUGAAUGUUGAAUGCUGCUAAGAAAAUAAUAUUUUAUUAAUUGAAUAAUACUGUGGCAUAAUAAUACCCUACAAUAAUACUCUACAAUACCCUACAACACGCGCAUAAAAGGAAAAAAUUUAAAAGGGAAACUGUUAUAUAACAAUCUCUAUCAAACAUUAUAGUUACGUUCUUAUCGCGUCAUCUCGACUUACAACUUGUUCCAGAGUAUCUUUUAUAAAUGAGUCUUUCGUUAUAUAAACUGGAAUUCCGUGGCCGUAGGUCAUAGGCAUCGCAACGCGAUUGAGUUGAAUUCCGUUCGAUAACCACACGAAACGUUUAAGCGGAUUGCUGUCGUUCCUCUUCUGACUAAUUGUAAGGCAUAGUUAAUCUCAUAUCGGGUAUAUGUCACGCGUACAAAAUUACUAUCGUAUUUUCGAUCGAUAUUGAAAUAUCUCCUAACAAUACACGCCUGCCGAGCCUAAAGAACAUAAGCCUUCACUUAGCCUCAUCCCUGACAUGUCGCCAUAAUUAAUAAUCUUAUAAUUCCAAGCCGGCAUUAAACAAACAACGUCAACAAGCAUAGCUUAAAUUGACGUUUUUUUCUCGCUUCUAAACACUAAAGCAAGACAAUUACAUCAGGUAUUGAUCGAUAGUGCGCGAAUACGAAUAACGCGGUCGUCCAGUGAAUAUUUAUUCGUAUAAAACCAGAAAGAACUAAAUUGUUAUCGAAUUUAAAUCGAAUUAAAAAAAACGUCGAACUGCUUUAAGCCAAAAAAUUGUAUUAGUUUUUGUCAUAGUCACAGAAAAGUUUAUAAAAAUAAAUUUUGUUAACUGUUUAUAUAGAGGAAAGUUACUAAUACUGGCAUACUACUUUGUUUUUUAAUAGUAUUUCUUGAAAUAAAAGCUAAAAAUAAAAUUUUAAAAAUAAAAAUAUUUUUUAUUAGAUAAUGUAACAAUUUUUUAACUAUUUUAUAUACUAUUUUAUAUGUUGUAAUAAUUAAUUAAUGCAAAAUAAUCAAAAUUAAACAUCUGAGAAAUUGUGCUCUAAGAUUGAGCAAAUAGGUUACAUUUUUUCUUUUUCUUUAACAUGAGUCAUUUAUACAAUAUUUUUAUAAGUAAACAUAUGAAAAUUCUGGAAAUCUUUCAAUUUAAUGUAAAAUGGUUUUUUACAAUUAUACAAAUACCUUCCUAAUAAGAAAUGAUUCAUCGGAAUAACGUCGAAUCGAAGUCAAAUCAAUGUCUUUUUAAUCAUUAUUUCUUAAUAGCUUAUGUUAGGUUGUUCUGAAAGAUAUCAUCUAGCAUGACUAUAUAUGUAUAUUAUAAAAAUUACAAGGUAAAUUAAUUUUUGGUAGAUUUUAUGUAGAACACAUAUGAAUGUAUGAAUUAUAUGACUUUUAUUUUUAUAAUAAUUUCUAUAAUAAUAAUCUAAACAAAUCAUAUUUUUAUCAGUAUUAAUAUAGUGUAAUUUCUGAAAAAUAAAAUGUUGCAACUUUAAUAGGUCUAUGCAUGGUGUAAAGAAGUGUGCUCGCAAGGUAGAUCAAAUUUGGAUCUGUUUUGCACAUAUAUAGAGUUGGAACAAGUUGUCUUCCAUAUUGGAAAAUAAUAAUGAAAUGACCGUGUAACUUGUGAUUUUGUAAAGAAUGUUUCUUUUUUACAAUAUACAAGACGAAAAAAUUAUUAAUAAAAGUAGUAAAAGUCACAAUAGAAAUCUUGAUUAAACCUUGAAUAAAUACAUUUACUAACCUUAUUUUAUUUAUAAUAAAUUAUAUUAUGUUUUGAGUAUCGCGGGUUUUGAAAACGCUAAUUGAAUGAAUAUAUAUGGCCAGUUACUUGUUCCAUCAUUCUAAUUGGUUAAAUUUUCAUGCGCAAGAGCACAUCUUGUUUAUUUAUACCAUGUGUUUCUUUAUACUUAUGCUAGCAUUGGCGACUUUCCUCUGCAAAAUUAUUUUUUGAUUUUCUUUUUCUUUCGUACAAACUUGCAUGGCAUUAGUAUUUCUUUAAGAAACAAAAUAUUGCUGAAAUUUUUAUUGACUGAUGAUUAUUGAUGCAAUCGACGAUAUACUAUUCACUAACUUUAUUGAAUAAUAACCUAAGAAUAAAGUUUCUUCCGUUUAGUUACGAUUACUUGAUGAUUACUAAUAUCGCUUUAUUUAUUGUUAUAUAAUAAUUAAAAGUGGUUUUAUCUUAAAUUUUUGCACAAAAGCGUAAACGUAAAUCUAAUCACAAACGCAUAAACGUACAUAUGCACGCACAAAUUUUUGGAAAAUAAAAGUAUGUAAAAGUAGUACAAAGCCUGAAAAAUUAUCAUGGGCAGGUCGCAUGUUAUCAACUAUUGAUGCCAAUCAAUUAUAUAAUUACAAUUAAAUAUUUAAAUAUUACGAUCAAUUACGCAAUUACGCCGGUAAAAAAUUAAAUUUUGCUCUUACAAUAUACUUUGAGUAAAAACUGUUGCGAGUACACUGAGCUGUGCGACAUAUAUGUUAUUACCUUACAUUAACAAAAGAUACAACAACAAAAAUAUUGUGAUUGAAGUUUGUAUUAUGUGAUAGCGAAGUCUAUAGAACACGUCCACGAGAGUACUCGAUAUAAAAAAAGUUGUAGACUGUACAACAGAAAAAAAUGCUCUCGAUAUGAGCAUCGUUACGCCAUAUGUCGUUUUUUAAUCCUUGUUCUUUUCUUUUUCCUUCUCUUUAUUCGAGCGAGAAAACGUAUCUUUCGUUAGGAGCGUUUUUUAUGGUGAAAAAUAUACGACACAAAUAUUUGACGAAAAUAUUACAUUUUCCAACCCGACAAAUGGUGUAUUUCUCUUGUGAAAUAGAAAAGAUUUAUCGCUUUUGCACAUUCUAAAAAAAAAA